GACCCUCAGAACUGAGACACGAGAGGCUGCAUCGAAAUGGCAGGCUUUGUAGCUGGGCUGAAUUAAGGUUUUAGACCCCUUUGUGGAUUUUGCACUGGUGAGAUUGGGGGAAACUGCCCAUAUGGAUUAAUUUCCCACCUUCCCACAAUAACCAAAAGCCAAGGGAGAAUAAAAUUGGGAUUGAGUAUGUUUUACGUCAUGCCAUUUUGUUCCGGUUUGGAACUCGUGCAGCACCCGAGCUCCGUUUCAGAACUGCAAACGGCAAGAGAGCUACCAUGUGUGCAGAUGAUAAUGAUAUGUUUGUUUUGCAUGUGAUAAGAGAGUGCGGGGACAGAUAAAGUGGGGCUUGGAAUCACAUGCUGCUCCUGAUCUAUUCAAGGGAUUGCUCCUGAGUGGAGAGAAAGCUUUCAAUGUCAAGUCAGGGCUGCUCUCACUAGUCUCCAACUGUAGGUGCUCCAAAGAGGAGAAAAUUGCAUUGGUAAGAACUUUGGUCCAUAGAAGCACAACAUGACAAGGUUCUUGGGGACCACAGGCUGGUAGACUGGGAGAAGAAAGAGGAAAUGGGGCCUGGAAAUCUUGGGAAAGAGCCGCAGUGGUGCAGAGGUACCAUUGUGGAAGGACGGAGAAGCAUGACAUUUCACAGACUUGUGGAAUUGUAGAGUUGGAAGGGGCCCUGUGGAUCAUCUAGUCCAACCCCCUGCAAUAUAGGAAUAUGCAGCUGCCCCAUAAGGGGAUCGAACUUGCAACCAUGGCAUUAUCAGCACCACACUCCAAGCAACUGCGCUAUUGGUGGACAAGUACCUGGUGACAAGGGAUGUGUUGUGGUAGCAAGGAGAUUCAGAUCAGAAUCUUGGAUCUUCUAAGAGUGAUCCCUUGUACCAGUGCUCUUCUGCUGGGCUUAGUAAUCCCCUUGGGUCCAACUUGUAUUAUUGGUUCUUCUUCUCUUUGCUGUGCCCCACCCAGUUAUUGUGACAGAGCCCUGCUCUUCCCUUUCCUGAUAUCACCCUUGAUUGCCUUUAUCAUACAACAAGUCAGAGUAGAGCCCCUGCCUUAAUCUUCUUGAUCUCUUUCUCCACACUUUGGUCCCUGAACAUCUCACCAGCUUCCAUGGCCUGCCCAUUCCUGCCUUCUCUGGAUUCUGUCCUCAACCUACCAUUUGACCUCUGAUUUUUGUUCCACCCCCCUCUAUCCAGAAAGCUCAACUGUCCUCCCCACACUGCCCCAAUCCCCAAUUACGUGACAUUGAAUCUCUUGGUCCGAUGAACACAGGCACAGGCUCACAGUGUGCCUCUAUUGGCUAAUUUUUGGGUGCCUGGUCUUUCCAGUAUACUGCUUCCACCAUUAUUUAUAGCAUGCUGUUAGUGCUUUUGUACCAGUUUAGUCUUCCUGUGUCACAAACUAGCUUUUACAUCUACAGUGAUGCAUUUUCUGUUAUUGUCUGAAUAAACUUGUUUUCUUUUGUUCCUUCCACUGUGAGGACUUACAAACUUUCACAUGCUUACAGCCGGCUCUUAGACCUCUGAAUCAGGGCACUGUGUACAUAAUCUUGAGAGUGUAGGGCAGACAAAUGGAAGAGGGAGAAAAGAGUUUGGAUGUAAGUUCUAGGAAGAACUAAUUACAGUGGAAUUCCCCAAGCAUGUAACUGGUGCCUACUGACAUUUUAAUAAUAAGAACAUGAAAAUAGGAUCCACAUUAAUUCCAGCUCACACUCUUCAGCAUCUUAGAGAACAUCAAUUAAAUUUCCCUCGUCUCUAACCUAAUCCAAACGUCACUACAACAUGAUCAUAUGCCUUUUUAUAUAUAUAAAAGGGAGGGGGAGGAGAGAAGAAACUUCAGUGGCUUGUGGCAUUUCCAAGGAAAAGUUUUCUAGCAUCAAUGGAAUAAUGUGCGUAGAGUGUGUCACAUAUAUCCAGUGGGGUCCCCCCCCUAAAAAAAAAGUUUAGGAGUACUCUCAUUUUGACUCAGAUAGAAAAUCACCAUUUUAUAGUUCAAAUCAGGAAAAAUAAAUACAGUAAAUGGACAAAAGUACAAAGGUGCACAAAAUGUUUAGGGGUAUGUGUACCCCUUCAUCCCCCCCCCCCCAGAAAAAAGCACUGCAUAUAACUUUUAUGUAAAAUAACUUACUGCCAUACUAAUGUAAUGGGGACUUUGACAUUUCCAAAACCCCAUCAUUGAUUUUAUAUUAUAUAUGGAUCUGUUCAACAGCAAAGAACUUUCCUUUUGUAAUUGUGAAGCUUUGUUUUGCCUCCUCCUGCAGCCUCCUUAUUUGCUCUUGAGUUGUUCUAUUAAAUGAUAACUUUCCAGCAGCUCCUGUAUGGUACCUUCAUUACUUCUACUCAUGCCUCUGAAACACACUUUCAUUGCGAUGAUCUGUAAGAGAGGGGUCAUUUUGCAUUGCCGCUAUGACAAUGCUAGCGCAUUAAGAUCCCACUUUGGGGUAAAGGUUAUUUUAGAUUAUCCAGGCUUCUACAUCAUUGUUCUGUUUGAUUCUCAGUUUGACAGAUGCUGCAUACUUUAUAUAAUGCAUCUCAUUGUUUUUAAUGUGAGCUGCCUUGGGAACAUAUUAUAUACCCAGAAAAGCCGUAUGCAGUUUGCAUUCUGAAAUUAAUAAAUAUGCCAGAAUGAAUCAUUUCUACAGAACAAUUCCCGAUCUACUUGGUGCUUUGUGAAAGAAUUGCCCCACCUGAUUGGGGCUGCCAGUUUUAACAUCACUUGCUUGUGGGUUGAUGGAGAGGAUGACCUCUCAAGUUGCAUUGUCAGUACAGAGAGUGGCAAUUUCUUGUUCAGUGACAGUGUGUGUGUGUGUGGUCUUGAUUGAGCAGGCAACCCCACAAAUUGGAUAUGAAGGUUGGUUGGGCUUCAUAUUUUUAAAAAAGUUAACAACAAGUAGGCAAAAAUCCCUGUUGGUCUCAUUCCAUAAUCUUAUGAAUCUUUCGUUACAUAAUGGAAAUUAUAGCCUCCUCUAAGUUAUAUUUCUUUCCAAAAAUAACACCCUGAAAUCACAUCCAUGCCUCUGCUAGCACUGGAAGUAAAUGUUGUACAAAAUGGGAAGAAUUAAAAAAACCGAAUGAAAUUUUAAAUAAUUUAGAAUAUGUUCUUUAAAAAGCUUACACAUUUUAUUAGUUUUUUUCAACAAAAGCCUAAAGCUUGUUUUCAUUGCUAUUGUGAUGAUGAUGAUGGUGGAAUAGGAUGUCCCUAUUUUCAUUGGAGAAAUGUUGGAGGGUAAGCUGUUCAAGAUUGGCCAGGACCCUGAAAAGGAGCAAUCCCCUUAGGAGUCAUUUUCCUGCAGCAGGUCCUUCUUACACCCUCUGUCCCAAACAACCGAGUGCCUAUUAUAUACAUGUUCUGCAUAACUAAUAUCCAAUGUAUGCAUUUUCUAAAUUAUAGAAGUUUCGGUUAUACAAACACGCUACGAAACAAAUGCCUUUUAGCUGCUAUGCCCAUUCACUGUUGAAUCAUCUAAGCACUGCUGGUUGAAAUGUCAACAAAACAGCCUAUUAAUUAUAAUUUUAAAAACUACUUGAGAAUUCAGGCCACGUUAACAGAAAACAGGCUACAUUAACAGGAAGUGGUCAGACCUGAUCCUCUGAUUGUUGGUGAGAUGCCUUUUACCUGUUAUUCAAUGUGCUGUUACAUUACAUCAUGUCUUGCUUAGAACCACAAGAAACUCAUUUAGUCUUCUCUGCCAGCAAGAGCUGGAAAUGGGGAUUGGAGUUUUCUGUGUUCCAAAAGCUGCAUGUAACCCAUGAGGUUCCUUGGGGAAAGAAAUCUGGAGGGAAACAAUCAAGUUCUCUACUUCUGGCAAAGGGGUGAAAAUGUACAUAGACAUACUAGGGAUGUGUGGAAUGAUUAAGUUCUGCCCCCCAAAGUUUUGGCAGGAAGAAUGAAUCCACCCAACUCUGCACAAACUCCAGACUGGGGUUGAGACAUUCCACAAUCCAUUUCAGCCAUCCACAGAGAGGCCAGCUGCCUGGCAUAUUAGAUGCUUUGGGGCAGAAGAUAUCAGUCCUGUAUACCUGAAGGAGCGUCUCCACCCUCAUCAUUCAGCCUCAUCACAGCCUCAUCAUUCAGCCUCAUCACUGAGAUCCAGCACCAAGGGCCUUCUGGCGGUUCCCUCAUUACGAGAAGUGAGGUUACAGGGAACUAGACAGAGGGCCUUCUCGGUAGUGGCACCCGCCCUGUGGAACGCCCUCCCAUCAGAGGUCAGAGAGAAGAACAGCUACCAGAUUUUUAGAAGACAUCUGAAGGCAGCCCUGUUUAGGGAAGUUUAGGGAAUGUUUAAUAGAUUAUUUUAUUUUUCUGUUGGAAGCCACCCAGAUGGGCGGGGUAUAAAUAAUAAGUUGUUGUUGUUGUUGUUGUUGUUGUUGUUGUUGUUGUUGUUGUUGUUAAGCUUGCUUGGCUAUGGAUGGUCCAUUGACCACCCACCCAUCUGCUCCAAAGCCUCUGGCAUACUAAGAGAGAGUUCAGUGUGGUGUAGUGGUUAGAGUGUCAGACUAGGACCUGGGAGACCAGGGUUCAAAUCCCCACCUGGCCAUGAAGCUCACUGGGUGACCUUGGGCCAGUUACUGACUCUUAUCCUAACCUACUUCACAGGGUCAUUGUGGGGAUUAAAUAACGAGUGGGGAAACCAGGCAUGCCACCUUUAGCUCCCUUGAGAAAAAAGUGGGAUAUAAAUGCAGUAAGUGAAUUAAUAAAUAUUGCCAGAUCUUUGGUGUAGACUUGACAUUCAGGAAUGGCGGGUAGGUGAGAUGUAGUUGUGUCCACCUGUCUUGAACCCGCUGGAAAGUAGCAGGUCGUGAGUCUGCUCCACAAAUGCUUCCACCCCAAACAGAAGCCAUGUUCUGACCCAGACUGUUGUUGGGGACACAGCACUAGGCUUUGAUUCAAACAAACACAUGAACGAAAUCUUUGCCAUGCAUUAUCAUAAAGAACUUGCAUAAAGUUUGCAUAAGAUUUACAUUAUUAUGAUCCGGCAAGCUUCCUUGCAAGUAAUCUGGAAAUGGUAGCUAGGUGGCGAACAAGGAGCCUCUAGCAGAUACCCUCAGAAAACGUUCCCAAGAGAUUUCAUGGAUGAAACCUUGAGACCUACACAGGUUCAAGUUUAUGGUGUAAAUGUGCCUUUAGCCUCACAAUGAGCAAGAACAUAUGGAGAUACCUUCUGCUGAAUCCAACCAUAUAUUUGGUUGUAUGAACUCAUGAUUUGGUUAAGGGUUGAUGAGGUCUACAGUUGGUGUGGCAUAAAAGUCACUCACACAGAUAUGGCAGGAUAAACUUUUAGGAAACAGUGUUUCCGACUCUUGGUAUUGACAAAAUCCUGAAAAUAUAAUGGUGAUCAGAAUAUCUACCUAAUAGAUAUCUAGAUGUGGUGGAGAGUAACUUUAGCCAUGAAGCUCCCUAGGGGAUCAUGGGCCAUUCAUUGUUUUCUCAAGGAAUCCUAAACAUACCUACAAGGGAGCAAGCACCCUUUAAUUCAGUAGGGUUUUGCAAGUAAAGAUGCUUAGGGUCAUAUGCUGUCAGUCUCCACUUCUGACCUUAAUUGGUAGAAAUUGGUAGCUACAUCUUCAUGUCCCAUCUAAUUUAGGAGGUCAAAUCAGUUGAGAGCAAUGGUCCCUUCUGCCUUCGGAGGCCAUGGAUCUGACUGCCAAAGGAACCAGCUGCAGUCAACUUCUGUGGACUCCCCCAUCCUUCUGUCAAUCAUCAUUGGCCAAGUUAUAAAUGAAGAGAACAAGAGCGAGACCAGCUGGUGAUUGGCAUCUUUAGUUGCAUCUUCUGAAUUAAUCGCACAGCACAGAUUAAAGAAGCAUGGCUGAGCCUGGCGAGAAGCUUUUAAGUGUGGAAACGAAUAAACUCAGACAUGCACACAGCUACCAAGACACAACUUCGAUUGGGAUUAAAAGAAUGCAAAAACGAUUUCUCCAGAAAGACGGAAGCUGCAAUGUGUACUUCAAGCACAUCUUUGGGGAGUGGGAGAGCUAUGUGGCCGACAUUUUCACCACAUUAGUGGACAUUCAAUGGCGCCAUAUGUUUGUGAUCUUCUCAUUGUCCUACAUCCUCUCCUGGUUGUUCUUUGGCUUGGUCUUUUGGUUGAUUGCACUCCAUCACGGUGAUUUAUCACUCGAUGAAGGAACGACCCCUUGUGUUGCCAGUGUCCAUAGUUUCACAGGGGCAUUCUUAUUCUCUCUUGAAACCCAAACGACUAUAGGCUAUGGAUCCCGUUGUGUCACCGAAGAGUGCUCUGUCGCAAUCCUGAUAGUUAUCAUACAGUCCGUGUUAGGCUGCAUCAUUGACACAUUCAUCAUCGGUGCUGCCUUGGCCAAAAUGGCCACUGCCCGGAAGCGAGCUCAGACCAUCCGCUUCAGCUAUCACGCCACGGUAGGCUUAAGAGACGGCAAGCUCUGUCUGAUGUGGCGGAUAGGUGAUUUCCGCCCUAAUCAUAUGGUAGAAGGCAUAGUGAGAGCCCAGCUCUUGCGGUAUGUGGAAGACAGAGUUGGAAGGAUGACAAUGGAAUACAAGGACUUAAAACUGUUAAAUGACCAGAUCAUUGUUGCAACCCCAGUGACCAUUAUCCACGAAAUUAACCAGGACAGCCCAUUGUAUGAUCUGGACAGGAAGGCUCUUGCUAAAGACAACUUUGAGAUCCUGGUUACAUUUGUUUAUACUGGAGAUUCAACGGGGACAUCCCAUCAGUCAAGGAGUUCAUAUGUGCCUCGAGAAAUCCUCUGGGGGCACCGGUUCAAUGACGUCCUGCAAAUGAAGAAGAAGUACUACAAAGUCAACUGCCUCCAAUUUGAGGAAACCACCGAGGUUUAUGCUCCUUAUUGUAGUGCCAAGCACCUAGACAGGAAGGAGCAAGAAUACACCACUUUGGAAAAAGCAGUGGAUGGAGAACCUGGAACAUCGUCAUCUUCUUCCUCUUCGUCAGCACCAGCACCAAGAUUAGGACUAAGAGCCCGGUCCUUUAGUGCUGAAGCUUUAAUCAUCCACUCUGAAAUUUCUGAAGAGUCAGCCAGAACUUCUCACCAAGCCAAUGUUAUGGAGGUGCCGUAUGAGAGAGCGCUGGUGACUUUAAGUAGAAUCUCAAUGGAAUCCCAGAUCUAACAGUCCGUUGCAAUGGCUGCUCUUGACUUUGCAGCAGUUUUCAAGGCGCACAAGUUAUGGACCUGGUAUCCUCAAAUCAUAAAACAGAAGAACAGACUCGUUGACACCUCAGUCUAGCUGGUAUUCUUGUUUUAGUAGAUAAGAAAUAGAUAUUAUUCAUCUCCUUUAAAAAAAAUCCUUUUAUUGCAAACAAUAGAAUUUUGUGCCCUUGUAAUUUUUUUUAAAAAGAAUGCUUAACAAUAUUCGGCAUCGAUACUGAAAGUGGAGGAUACCUGUAGAUAAGAAUUUCAAAGUUGCUUUAUCACUGAAGCCAUGGAGUCAGAUUAUUUGAGUUAAAACUGCAUCAGGACCUUGUAGUCCUAUGAUUUAGGUGCAUUAAUUUUGAUUUGUUCAAGGUGACUGUCUUUUGAAUUAAUGUACAAUUCAGUACUGUAAAUUAAAGAAUUGCAACACAAUUGAUUUGUGUGCUGCAGCAUAGCUUGGUAGUCUAUUUGCCAAGUGUACCCUAGGCCCACAUCUCAUUUAAGUAGCUCUUUUGAUUGUACAAAGAGAAGUUAAUUAAACUACUUCACAUUUUCAUUUAUUUGUAAUAUACAAAUAUAUAUAUAUAUAUAUACAUACAUAUAUACAUACAUACAUACAUACAUACAUACAUACAUACAUACAUACAUACACUAGAUUUUUCUAUGGGGGAUUUAGGCUUUCUCAGAAUUUUCUUUUUGCAAUUUCUAAUAAAAUACUUUGCUUUCCCCAUAAAAUAUGUAAAGAAUAAUUCUUACACUGUUUGAAAAAAGUAGCUAGCUUUGCCAAAGCCAUUAUGCCUUAUUUGCUUUCACUUUCUGUUGAUCAAUGAUUUAUUUGCUACUAGACACUGCAAAGAUGUAAGGCCUAUCACAUUCAACUUUAUGGCUUGUUUUCAUUUAGUUACUUUCAUUUCUUUUCAACUAAUCAUUUCAUGUUGAAAAUGUGUUUUAAAAUUGUUCUGCAUAUCUGGAAAGAGGAUUUGUAACUUAGAGAUAAUGAUGUGAUAGCUGGUGUAUUAUUAUUUUCAAAAUAAUAAUAAUAUAUAAAUAUAUUUCUUCCAACUAUUUUCGAUCCUCUCUCACUUUGUUCUUCAUUCUUAAGCACACAGAUAGAUCAGACCAAUUUUCUAAAAAAAUUUGUCUGAAAAUUGCAUCCUUGAACUUUUAAGUUGAUGGAUCUCACUUUUCACGCAGUGCAUCCUCACCCUAAGUUCAGAUGACCCCUAUUGUCAUAAUUGGACCUUGUUGCCUAAACAGUUUUCCGAGUCUGCCUUGGUUCCGUGGUCUGUUGUAUUCUUCCUUAGGUUGUAAGUUCUGCAACUGGCAGCCCAUGGACUGUUCUGCAACUGGCAGCCCAUGGACCAUGUCAUACUGUCAGGAGCUGGAUUGAGGCCCCCGCCUUUCCUGAACCUCCCCGAGAACAGGAGGACAGUAUCAAUAUGGAACAGUGGUUUGCAGAAGGACAUAGUUUAGAGACUGCAGAGGGGGAAAGCUGGGAGAAGAACAGGAGGAGGAAGAAACAUCGGGGGAGGGACAGCUGACAGACUCAGUGUCUUUGGAGAGUAUUCCUGAGCCCCCCUCUCCCAGGACUGGGCAUGCAUUGAGAGUAGUAGAGCAGAAAGCUCAGAGGCAGAAAUCCCAGAUCAGCCGGUACAGGGAUGAUGUAGGAUAAGAGAGAGACAGAGGGGGAGCAGUGGAGGAAGCCGCUUGGGCACCUGGGGUAGCAUGUAAGGGGCAGGCCGAGCUGCCCAUAGGGGCGGGACACACUGCAGGGCCCCUGGAGUCUGCCUGCCUCCUCCCACUCAGCCACCCUACAGCUGGGGGGGAGGCAAUGGGCGGACCGUUUGGGCAGCGCAGAGCCUACGCGUGCCCAAGCCACCGUGACUCUCCCAGGAGAGAAGCGUGGCUCAGGUGCACUGCAGGCCCGGCGGUGAGUGUCACCUGGCAUUUUGUCACCUCCCUCAGUGGUGACACCCGGGGUGGCCCGCAUCUACCACACACCCUUCCUCCACCCCUGAGAGGGGGUUGGGCUUCUCAGAGCAACACCAUCAUUGAAUAGGGACUACAUUCCUUUCUCUCUCUCUCUGUGAAUACUGAAUGAAUUAUGUGGUGAGGAUUCUUUGUGUUUAUCUGCUUUUUUGGCUGCCACCUGGGGAGGGAUAGGAUUCCCUGAACAUUGACACAUACUUGCUUUAUAACAAGAACCACAUAUAGAGGAAUAUAUAUGUAGAGAUGCCUUGCACUGAAACAGGCUAUUGGCUAAUUGUUUGCUCUGAUUGAUGGAAGCUCUCCAGGACUUCAGACAGAGAUCUUUUCCAUCAAAUUGUAGAUUCCUAAUUUUAAAAUUGAAUUUUAACAUUGUAUUUCAUCUGCAUUUUAAUUGAAUUGUUUCUUUUAUGCUUGCUUUGAUAUUCUUGUUGUAGCCACCCUGAGCCCGGUCUUGACAGGGAAGGGUGGGGUAUGAAUAAAAUUAUUAUUAUUAUUAUUAUUAUUAUUAUUAUUAUUAUUAACACCACAAGUUUCUUUUAACAGGACAUGCCAGAACUAAACCCGAGACCUCUUUUCAUUCAAGCCUUGUUCAAGGUAAAUACAGUAUAAUAAUAAAAUAUUAUUAUGGCAGCCAGGAGUCUAGGGGGCAGAUCCAGAGCAAUGGCUUAAGGGUGUGACUAACUUGGGAAUAUUAACUAACCUUACUGCCUUCUGGUCCCACCAGCCUCUACUUUCUUGCCAAAUCUCUACAUCAUGGGUACAAGAAAUAAUAAUACCACAAAAAAAAGGUAAACGCAGACGGUAAAGGAUGCUAGAAAACUAAUUUGAGAAGCACAUUGCUAAAAAACAUUAAGACCAGCAACAGGAAGUUCUUUAAAUACAUUGGUGGCAGGAGACCAUCUAAAGAAGCAGCUGAACUCUUGAAUGACAAGGGAGUGAAAUGUGUGCUAAAGAGCACAAGGAGAUUGCAGAGAAGUUGAAUUAAUCCUUUGCAUCUGUUUUCACAGUAGAAUAUAUAGGGCAGAUGGUACCUGAACUAACUUUUGCAGGAUUGGAGUCUCAGGAACUGAGGUAGAUAGCAGUGAUGAGAGAUGAGAUCCUAGACCUAAAACAAAAACUGGAAAAUUGCUGGGUCCACGUGGAAUCCACCCAAGACCAGCCCAGAAAUCAUUAAACCAUUGGAUGUCCUCCAGGAAGCUCUGAACAUGUUACAUUCCUUUUUCCCAUGUGAGCUUAAAUCCUUGAAGAAUUUUGCUUCAUCUCUCGGUGGAUUCCAGUAUCAUGUACCACACUGAAAUCAGAAGAAUGAAUUCAAAGUAUUGCCCCUACUCGAUAAGUCCUGAAACACUGGUCUGGAUUUCUGCUGUCAAGACCAAUUCUUCCUCAAUUUUGAAGCACCCCUUUAAAAAAGUGUGGGGUUGAACUGGAUGACCCUUUGAUGAUGACCCUUUGAGUCACUUUCAAAUCUACAAUCCUACGAUUCACAAGAGGUCAAAUGGCAUUGACUCUUAAGCAUUGACUCUUCUACGGAGUGGAGAGAAAGUCCCGGAGUUUCCCAAAGAAUCUUGCCAGACUGCAUGAACAUACCGUGUACGGUUUCUGUACAUUUCCAAAAUAUGUUUUCACUUCAGGGUUCUUCACCAUAGCAUGGAUCCCACACAGGUUCAGAGAGUGCACACACUGCAGGGAGAAAACAAUGCCUGAGGAUUUUCAUUCUGAAUUCCAGUUCUUAUGCUCUGUUAUUUCCCAGGCAUAUUUAUUUGAAGCACUGUCACACUUUUGGCCCCCUACAGUUUUGCAACUAUACCUUGCAAUCCUGGCUUAGAAGCCCCACAGCUGCAAAACAAUUUACUUCCACAAUACAACCAAAGAGUAGCAGCAAGAAAGGAACUCUGUGGCACAGUCUGCAAAGCAGGCACAAUUUGGAAAGUUGCUAGUUCAAAUAUACACAGAGUUGGGUUUUUUAAAAAAACUGGAAUGGAAUGGAACUAGAGCUGCCAUAAACUAUAAUCCUAGGGGCACAUGGGGGCUGCUUGCUAGAGGUUUAUGGAAUAAAAUACUUGCAAAUCUGUGAUGAUGCUGAUCAUGCUCCCACCCAAAAGAAGUCUCUGUUGAACUGUGGGAAGAAGGAUGAAAAUGAAUAGUGAAAAUGAGUAGUGGUGCAUUUUUAAUUUAACUGAAGGGUUCCAUUGCGCUAGCUGGUGUAUGGAGGUAUGUGGGUAAACUCUUUUGUGCUUUGCAGGCUAUGGUGCAAUAUCCUUCUGUUCCAUUGAAACUUAUGGGGUACGAGAAAAGAUGGAUUAGAUAACUGCUAACUUCAUUCACUAAUUACCAUAUUAUGGGUAAAAGACAAAACAGAAAACUGUCUUCUCAAAAGCAGAAGUGUGAGAUGAUAGCUCUCAGUUUUUAUUUAUUUUUUAAACGCGUAUUCCAUCCCCCCUACAAAUAAACUAAAAGCAUCUUACAAAAAACAAGAUAUACAGGAUUACAUGGGUAAGAUAGUAUGUUAAUGACUAACUUCAAAUUAACAUCGCAUCUUUACAAUACACAACAAAUAGGCAAAAAAGGUUUUUUGUUUUUUUUUAAAGGAUGUUGUGCCAGAGCCUGUUCAAGCAAUUUCUCAAGUAACUAGUGGCAGUGAUAGGGAGAAAGAGAGACCUGCCUCCCUAUCUGUCUCUUUUGAUGGAUGUUUUUAAAUGUGAAUGGGCAAUAAUAGAAUCUAAAUGAUGUGGAAAGUAGCAAGGACCUUUUCUCACCAGCACAUUAACUGUUCUAAGGGAAUUCUAAGGCAAUUCUGCCUGCCUCAUAUUCUCGAGACAUGGAGAGAGUUUGUCAGUCCCACCCUAGAGCUCCAUGGCAUUGAGGAAGUACCCCCUCAUCUCCCAGAAGAUGCCUCAUUGUGUUCAUUCCCAUUUUCAGCAAUCUACCCAAAAGAGGGUGAAAGGCCCCGGAGCCCUGACCACUCUGCCAAGGCCAGUGUGAUGUCGAUGGGUGUGGGGAGACCAAGAGUCCAAUGCCAAUCAGGAUCUAAAUGGGUGUUGGGAUCCUACACGGCUCCAAACGAUAUAGGCAAGUGAUAAAACCUACAUUGAACCGAGGGCAGACAGGAAGCUUC